AUGAUCCAGGUUAUCCUCAUUGCCACCGUACUGCAAGCUCUAUGUCAUGCAGAGUCUGCCGCAGCCCUAGGAACGCCUUCAGCGAGGCACGAAGCCGUGAAUUUUACAGUACCGCAAACUAGUUCGGUUCCUGAGGGAGGUUCAACCACGAAAGCUGUUCCGAAAUUGCCGACCACACCAGCGCACAACAGCGUCACAGUAGCCGAGAACUUCCGAAACGCCACAACCUCAACGACUAUGCGACCGUCCGCAGAAACUGCGCCUACUUUCACCACGAAGGUAACAAGACCGGAAGAAACUACGGGCAAAUUCAUGAUGCCCGCCGUAGACGCCUUGGUGGCCGAAGAUGCAGCAUCGUUUUCAACUUCGGGCGCCGACUCUGCCGGCCAGUCCUCGGUGCCAGGAGCCUGGUCCUCCUCCGAAACUUCUCCUGCCCCAACGACAAGCGCCUCGACUCGAAGCGUCGUCGAAACUUCAACGACUGACCGAUCAGCGUACGAUCCUCUUGCUGAACUCGUGCGCGCCUUCUUGCAUCCUGAGCUGAGAACCCGUACGCCAGACUACGAGGGCGACUUCGGGGAUUCCCAGAUGCACCAGGACGCACCCUUCCACACGAGCGACGGUGAGGCGGUCCCGUUGAAAUCGAGCCGCAAGGAUCAUCAUGACGACGAGGUGACCUCGACCGCCGAGGCACCCGCCUACGACAUGAGCAAGGAGCGGUACUGCACGGCAGCCCGGUACUGCUACAAGGAACUCAACGAACGCUGCAUCACAAGGCGUAUGAGGACCGUCUGCGGCUGCGGACGUGCCUUCGUCAGGAAUCCCGAAACUUUCACCUGCGAACGUAAGCUGCCACUUAUCACCUCAUUGGAACUGCCCCACCAGUCCUACGUCCAGGAGGUGGCUGACAAGAAGUCUGGGGAAUUCCGGCGCUUCGAGUCGGCCAGCCAACACCUGAUGUGGGACUUGGUUCUUCAUUCACCGAUGCUGUGGACUUGGGUCACCGACAUCAAAGUGACCGGGUUCCGAGCUGGCCUGCUGAUUAGGAGCAAGCUCGUGGUUCCGGCGUCGUUUACCUCGCGUUUUGGCCGCAACGUGUCAGCCACUCUCCACGAGCAAUUUCAGAGGAGCAUUGCGGUCAAUCGAACUACAGCUGGCUCGUUUCUCAAUAUCACGGGAAUAAAACUCGUCGCCGCGGACAUUGCGGUGAACCCAUGUGAAGAUGCGGACUCAAACUACUGCAGUCCCUAUUCGAUGUGCACUUACCGUAAGCGGACCUUCAACAUGACGUGCCGAUGCCUCCCAGGCUACGAAGACGUAUCCCCCGAUAUCCAAGGCUACGCUGGAGAACUUUGUUUUUCCAUCUGUGAACCAGGCUUCUGCCAGAACAACGGCACCUGCAAGAGUACCGGCUUCGGCGUUACGUGCGAAUGCGGUGAGUGGUUCGUCGGGAACAAGUGCCAGUACCAAAUGAAACAGAUUAUCGUCAUCGUCGUCAUCAUUGCCCUGGUACUUCUGACCGUGAUCGCUGUUACAUUCCACAGGUUUUGGAAAAGAGGACAAAUUCACAAGUCCAACAUGGUGUGUCGAAUGCUCAUCAUUGAGCCGUCAAAAAAGAGGAACAGGAAAUUCUACGAGCUGAGACUGGAUUCAAGUUCACCCUUUCCAUCUCCGGGCCCAGCGAUCUCGCCGAACCAUUUUUCGGUGCCAACAAAGGUGGCGGGAUCUGAAAUCCUCCGGAACACCUCCCCGAUAUUAAGCUAG